AUGAUGGCCAAAGUGUUUCACUAUGGAUCAAUUAGUUUGAUCACUGAGCCAUGUAGGUCAGCUCACUUGAAGGCAAUGGAAGUGGCCAAAGAAGCAGGAGCUCUUCUUUCCUACGACCCUAACCUCAGGGAACCUCUUUGGCCAUCUCCCGAAGAAGCUAGGAAACAGAUCAUGAGCAUUUGGGACAAGGCUGAGAUCAUUAAGGUCAGCGACGUCGAGCUUGAGUUCCUUACCGAAAACAAAAAGAUUGAUGAUGAGUCGGCCAUGUCUCUAUGGCAUCCCAAUUUGAAGCUCUUGCUUGUUACCCUCGGGGAGGAUGGAUGUCGUUACUACACUAAGAAAUUUCAUGGAGCUGUUCAAACUUUCAAUGUGAACGCGGUGGAUACAACGGGAGCUGGAGACUCCUUCAUCGGCGCGUUUCUAAGCAAGAUUGUUGAUGAUCAAUCUGUACUCGAGGAGGAAAAGAAACUGAGGAAAGUGCUGAGGUUUGCAAACGCUUGUGGAGCCAUCACGACCACCAAGAAAGGAGCCAUUCCAGCUCUUCCUUCAGACAGUGAAGCUCUAAGCUUUAUUAAAGACAAUGUGAAACGUAGUAACAACCCUUUUAAAUCCCCAAAAUUGCGCUUCUUAUAUUGUAGUAGCUGCUGA